AUUUCACUUUCAUGAUUUUUAUGAGAGUAUAUUACAUGAUGAUAGCUACCAAAUUCAAUCGAAAUCCUGAUAGUGAUGAUACGAUUGAUCUCAGUUCUUAACACGAUUUUUAAAUUAGUGAAUGGCUAGGGUUAGGAACUGGUACAAUCAAUCAAAACCAGCUACUUUGAUUUGGUUCAUCUCCUUAAUCACCUUCUAUGCUGUCUUCCGUAUGGCUUCUAAAGUUUCUCCUCGCUCAAGAGAGCUUCAAGUUUCAAAUGCAGAGAGGAAUAGAAUGUAUGACAAAAUGUCCAGGGAUUUGGAUGAACAUGGUGCACUUUUUCUUAAACAGGGAGAGACUUCACAAUCAUUGUUACUUUCUGAUCUCUUUGAUUAUAAGAAUGGAUCUGUAAUUCCUGUUUUGAAGGCUGCUAAUCCUCCUGUUCGAGCUAAUGUCUUAUACAUGAGUCCUGAAUAUUCAGUUCCUAUCUCGAAAGCAGUAAGGGACAUAUUUUCUCCAACCCUCGAUAAAGUAAUUUGGUUUCAGAAUCCCGAGCUCUACCAUUUUAGUAUGUUCCAUGCAUCACACCACAUUUCACCGGUUUCUGCCUCCGAAGAGGAAAUUGAGGCUGAAGCAAAUGCUGUAAAAGGAGUUGCAGAGAAGCUAUGUCCAAUGAGAAUUGUGUUGGAUAGGGUUGUUUUGACUUCAACAGGUGUGCUUUUGGGAUGCUGGCAGGUGAUCUCGGGGUUAGAUCCUGUUACUAUCCGUUCUGAAUUGAGAAAUGCUCUUCCAAAUGCUCCAGUAAAGCAACUUUAUGCUCCUGCCAUACUUCAUACAUCACUUGCAAGAAUUAUUGGUCACCCUUAUAAUUCAUCCCAGGAACCAGACAGUGCUUUAGAACUACAAUACUUUCAUGAACUAGUAGUUCAUUUGAACAAAGCCAUCCGUGGAACUGAGGCUACAAUCUCGGAGCUAUGGUAUGUGGAAGAGUAUGACGUGUUGGCUUUGGCAUUAGAUGGAAAAAUGAAACUACGUCGUUUCAAAUUUGGGUGUUGGAAAGGCUAACAACAUACAUACAUGUAUCACAUAUAAUAUAAAAACAUAAUAUGUAAUAUUCUAAGUUGAUAGAUUCACAUAUUUAUGUUCAUAACAUACUAACACUCUUAAUUAACAGUUGACAG